CGGUCGUCUCUUUCUUCUUGCCAUCGUCGGAGACAAAGUCUCCCCAAUAAAUUCUUAUAUAUAUACAUAAUACAUAUCAUCUUCUUCAUUGCUUCUGAGUCAUGGCGCCAUACGAGAGACAAUUCUGUGACCAUUUUCUGCUGCUUAAGCCAGAAGAGGCGAGCUUCUAUGAUCUUGUUCGCUUUCUCCUUUUCUCCGACUACUCAGAAACAUGUGGAUUCCUCGACUUCACGGAAUCUCUAGAGGCAGAUUUUUGGCGCCGAUGGUACAUCUUCAACUCCCUUCUCGUGCAGAAACUACUCCUUCUCUAUGGAAAACCUCUGGUUCUGAUAGGGAAUAUGCUGGAGCUGUGGCUGAAUCUUCUCUUAAGAAACGGAGGAUUUCUCAAGCUGUUUUUUAAGUUCUUUACAGGAGAGGUGGUGCUGCCUGAUCCAUCAUCGGCAACGUUCACAUCUGUGGUGGGAUGUCUUGAUGGAAGAGUGGAGUUAGACAAAAGCAUUAGACAAGAUGAUCACAUAAAAUAUAAUGCUUCGCUUGCAAUGAUGGCUUCCAAAUUGUCAUACGAAAAUGCAGAAUUUGUUCAUACCAUAAUCAGAGAUCACUGGAACAUGGAAUACUUAGGGUUCUACAACUUCUGGAACGAUUUUCAAGGACAACCUUCAACUCAAGCUAUCAUGUUCCAAGAAACAAAGAAUAACCCUAACCUAAUAGUGGUUGGGUUUAGGGGCACCGAUCCAUUUGAUCCAAUUGCAAUUGGGAUAGAUGUGGACUUUUCAUGGAUUGAACUUAAAGGCGUGGGAAAGGCCCAUAGUGGCUUUAUGAAAGCUCUAGGCUUGCAGAAGGACAAAGGUUGGCCAAAAGAAAUAGAGAAAGGAAGUGAUCCCCAACAACAAUUUGCUUACUAUGAAGUAAGAAGCAAGCUAAGAGAAAUAUUGCAGAAGAACAAGAGAGCUAAAUUCAUAUUAACAGGACAUAGCUUGGGUGGGGCAUUGGCAAUUCUAUUUGUGACCAUUCUAGCCAUGCAUGAAGAGGCAUGGUUAUUAGAUAAGUUGGAGGGAGUGUAUACAUUUGGGCAACCAAGGGUUGGCAACAAGCAAUUUGGGGAUUACAUGAAGGAAAAGCUGAAUGAGAAUGAUGUGAGGUAUCUGAGAUAUGUUUACUGCAAUGACGUGGUGCCUAGGGUCCCUUAUGACGAUGACUGUAUAUUCUUUGAGCACUUCUCUCCCGUCCUCUACUACAAUGUGUACUACAACGGGAAGGUUUUAUGGGAGGAGCCAAAUAAGAACUACUUCUCAUUAUUAUGGGUAAUACCUAUGCAGCUAAAUGCAGUUUUGGAGCUGAUUAGAAGUUUCAUAAUCCCAUAUAUCAGAGGGUCAGACUACAAAGAAAGUUGGUUGAUGAAAAUGUAUAGAGUGUUUGGAUUGAUAAUUCCCGGAUUAGUAGCACAUAGUUCUCAAGAUUAUAUUAACAUCACCCGAUUGGGAUCCUUACCUAUAGACCUCCAAAACUCACUUGGUGCCACACGGCGGCUAGAGUUGAAGUGGAACACAGGGAAGACAUCUGAAGCAAAGGAGAUCAAACCCUAAGUGUAUUCUGAUGUCGUGGGCUAGGUGAUGUCAUGGGCCAUUGAAGGGAAACAGACUUGCUAUGGGCUUCCGUUUAGAGGAAAGGCGAAGUAUACAGAUUCAUGGGAAGAGGCGUUGGGCUCAUGUCGUGGGCCAGACUAUGCUAUCUUUAUGUUGUUAGCUGAAUUACUUUUGUAAGGGCCUGUGGCCCAGUUAUGUAGGGACUUUACAGUAAAUUGCUUGUUAGGGUAUAUUAGUGUCCUGAAGGGACUUGACCUAUCAUUUGGAAUAUUCUAUUGUUCAUUGCUCCUAUGAAUGUACUUUCCCUCGUAGAAAGUGUAGCUAAUGUCAUUGUGAGGAAAUACCAGAUUAUUGUUACUAUUCAUCUCAUAAUCUAUUACAAUUUACUAUAAUCAA